AUGCAGACAUUGAAGCAAGGAUAUAAGGACAAUAACAAGGUUAAGUUCAGCAUCGACGAUGACACGACUCUAGCUGACUUAUUAGCUUUGAAUCUCCACAAGUUUGAGGAAGAAGUCAAAACCAUUGUUGACAAGUCUGUUAAGGAGGCUGCUAUGGAAAAGACUCUCAGGGAAUUGGAAGCAACAUGGGCUGUUAUGGAAUUCGAAUAUAUGCCUCACGACAGAACUGGUAUUAUGUUACCAAAGGCUAGUGAGGAACUUGUAGAGGUGCUAGAAGAUAAUCAGAACCAAGUCCAGAACAUGAUGUCGUCUAAAUUCAUUGGCUACUAUGAGGAGGAGGUGACGGAGUGGCAGAAGAAGCUGGGUACAGCGGACGCUGUGAUCGCCAUCUGGUUUGAAGUGCAGCGCAAGUGGCAGUACUUGGAGAGUAUCUUUGUUGGUUCAGACGACAUUAGGGCCCAGCUGCCGGAAGACUCGAAGAGAUUCGACCACAUUGAUAAGACAUUUAAGGAAUUGCUAAAAGAUAUCGGUUCAACUCCUAAUGUUGUCGAAGCAACUAACAAGCCCGGUUUGCUCGACAAAUUAGAGGAUUUGAUGUCUGCACUUAAUCUCUGUGAGAAGGCACUCAAUGACUACUUGGAGACAAAACGUUUGGCGUAUCCCCGGUUCUACUUCGUAUCUUCUGCAGACUUGCUGGAUAUUCUAUCUAACGGAAACAAUCCACCCGCUGUUUGCCGACAUUUGUCUAAGCUGUACGAUAAUUUGGCCAAAUUGGUGUUCGUGAAACCUGGCAGUAAGCAAGCCUUUGAGAUGAUUUCCAAGGAAAAUGAGGAGCAUGUGCCGUUUAAGGCGCCGUGUUGUGACUGUUCUGGGAAGGUGGAGAUUUGGUUGAACCGAGUAACAGACUGCAUGCGGCUGACUCUAAGAGAUAUCUUCGAGCACAGCGUGAAGUCGUACGAGGAGAAGCCUCGAGACGAGUGGGUGUUCGACUGGCCGGCUCAACCUGCGCUGGUCGGCACACAGAUCUGGUGGACCACCGAGACCAACCAGGCCUUCGAGAAGCUGGAGGAAGGUUAUGAAGCUGCUUUGAAAGAUUAUCAAAAAAAGCAAAUUGCACAAUUAAAUGCUCUCAUUGUUCUGCUCUUGGGUGAUCUCACGGUCGGCGAUCGGCAGAAGAUUAUGACUAUAUGUACUAUAGAUGUACAUUCAAGAGAUGUUGUGGCGAAACUCAUAGUUGCUAAGGUUGAAUCUUCUACGGCCUUCCAAUGGCAAAGUCAAUUGAGGCACCGAUGGGACUUAAAACUGAAUAACUGCUUCGCCAACAUUUGUGAUGCUCAGUUCCUGUACGAUUAUGAAUAUCUUGGCAAUACUCCUCGGCUUGUCAUCACGCCGCUUACUGAUAGAUGUUAUAUAACAUUGACACAGAGCCUUCAUCUAAUAAUGGGAGGUGCCCCGGCCGGACCGGCAGGAACCGGUAAGACGGAGACUACGAAGGAUCUGGGACGAGCGCUCGGCAUCAUGGUGUAUGUGUUCAACUGCUCGGAACAGAUGGACUAUAAGUCGUGCGGGAAUAUAUAUAAAGGGUUGUCACAAACGGGUGCGUGGGGAUGCUUUGAUGAAUUCAAUAGAAUCUCAGUGGAAGUGUUGUCCGUGGUGUCGGUGCAAGUCAAGAGUGUUCUAGAUGCGAUAAAAGCUAAGAAAAAGAAAUUCGACUUUAUGGGUGAAGUCAUAACGCUGAUUCCUACCAUUGGGAUGUUUAUUACAAUGAAUCCAGGCUAUGCGGGCAGGACAGAAUUACCUGAAAAUCUAAAGGCACUUUUUAGACCGUGUGCCAUGGUAGUGCCAGACUUCGAGUUGAUCUGUGAAAUCAUGUUAGUAGCAGAAGGCUUCCAAGACGCACGUCUCUUGGCUCGCAAGUUCAUCACCCUGUAUAUGUUGUGUAGGGAACUGCUCUCCAAACAAGACCAUUACGAUUGGGGUCUCAGGGCUAUCAAGUCAGUAUUGGUAGUCGCUGGUUCCUUAAAGAGAGGUGAUCGUCAAAGACCCGAAGACCAGGUGCUAAUGAGAGCGCUGAGAGAUUUCAAUAUACCCAAGAUAGUAACUGAUGAUAUGCCGGUCUUCAUGGGACUUAUCGGAGACUUGUUCCCGGCUCUUGACGUGCCAAGAAAAAGAGAUUUAGAUUUCGAGAAGAAUCUCGUUGACGGCGCAAUUUCCAUGAAGCUGCAACCAGAGCCUGGAUUUAUUUUGAAGAUGGUACAACUGGUGGAAUUAUUUGCUGUGAGGCAUUCAGUAUUUAUCAAUGGAUUCGCCGGGACCGGCAAGUCUAUGGUGUGGCAGUGUCUUCAUAGGACCUAUCAAAUGCUCAAAAUGAAGCCGUAUUACAAUGACCUUGACCCAAAAGCGGUCACCAAUGACGAGUUGUUUGGUAUCAUCAAUCCGGCUACUAGAGAAUGGAAGGAUGGUCUGUUUUCAACAAUAAUGAGAGAUAUGGCGAACAUGCCUGGGGAAGGACCGAAGUGGAUUGUACUUGAUGGAGACAUUGAUCCAAUGUGGAUUGAGAGUUUAAAUACAUUAAUGGAUGAUAAUAAGGUAUUAACGUUAGCCAGUAAUGAGCGUAUCGCCCUAACAAAGUCAAUGCGCCUUUUAUUUGAGAUAGCCACGUUACGCACAGCAACUCCUGCUACAGUAUCAAGAGCUGGUAUUCUGUAUAUCAAUCCACAGGAUCUAGGCUGGAACCCAUUUGUAGCGUCCUGGAUAGAAACGACUCGAGAUGAUGAUUCCGAGAAGGCGAUGUUGACGGUCAUGUUUGAUAAAUACAUACCGUCUCUACUGGAGUCAUGUAAGAAGUAUAAGCGUAUAACGCCUCUUAGUGAACUACAGCAAAUACAACUGACUUGCUAUCUACUGGAGUGUUUCCUGAACAAGAGUCUGUUGCCAAGCGAUUGCCCGAAAGAAUGGUAUGAGACGUAUUUCGUGUUUUGCAUCGUCUGGGGCUUUGGUUCCGGUUUGUUCCAAGAUCAGCUCGUGGAUUGGAGGAACGAAUUCAGUAAAUGGUUCUGCAACGAAUUCAAACAGAUAAAGUUUCCAUCGACAGGAAAUGUAUUCGGUUUCUUUAUUGAUCCGGAGACCAAGAAAUUCCUCCCGUGGGUAGAAAAAGUAGAGUCCUUUGAGUUGGAUCCGGAUAUACCGUUGCAGUCAUGCCUAGUGUCUACAUCAGAGACGACUCGUAUCCGUUUCUUCAUGGACCUGCUGAUCGCCAAACAGAAGCCGGUGAUGCUGGUCGGCGCCGCGGGCAGCGGGAAGACGGUCAGCGUGGCUGCCAAACUUAACGCGCUCUCUGACAACUACGCUGUGACAAACGUGCCGCUGAACUUCUACACCACUUCAGAAAUGAUUCAGAAAGUACUUGAAAAGCCACUUGAGAAAAAAUCUGGCCGUAACUUCGGGCCGCCGGGAAGUAAGUUCAUGAUAUUCUUUGUGGAUGACCUCAACAUGCCUGAAGUGGAUACUUACGGGACUGUGCAGCCUCAUACAUUAAUACGACAGUUUAUGGAUUAUCGACACUGGUAUGACAGACAGAAACUCAGCUUGAAGGACAUAUCCAACUGUAUGUUUGUGUCGUGCAUGAAUCCCACAGCGGGUUCCUUUACCAUCGAUCCACGUUUGCAACGACAUUUCUGCACCUUUGCCGUGAGUUUCCCCGGCUUGGACGCGUGUUACCAUAUCUACAAGCAGAUCCUAUCGCAGCAUCUUGCCAAUCCUCUCAACAAAUUUGGUGCAGCGGUGCAACGUUUUAGUGAGACCUUAGUCAAUACAGCGCUGGCGCUCCACAACAAGUUGUCUUCAACCUUCCUACCGACCGCUAUCAAGUUCCAUUACCUAUUCAACUUGAGGGACCUGUCAAAUAUAUUCCAGGGUAUAUUGUUCACAACCGGAGACGCUAUAAAACAACCCUCUGAAAUGUUAAGGCUGUGGAUGCACGAAGCUUAUAGAGUGUAUUCCGACAAGCUAGUCGAUUCAGUUGACAAUGAGAAUUUCACCAAACUUAUAGGAGACACCAUCAAGAAAAAUUGUGAAGAUUUCGAUGAAAAUGUGGUUUUCGAGAAGCCGUUAAUCUACUGCCAUUUCGCGGAAGGUAUUGGUGAUCCAAAAUACUUUCCGAUCAAGGACUGGCCGCAUAUUAAACGACUCCUUGAUGAGUCUCUCUCAUCUUACAACGAUUUAAUAGCAACUAUGAAUCUCGUGCUUUUCGAGGACGCUAUGUACCAUAUUUGCAGGAUUAAUCGUAUCCUGGAAGCGCCUCGAGGCAACGCCCUGUUGGUGGGUGUGGGCGGUUCAGGCAAGCAGUCCCUUUCCCGACUAUCAUCAUUUAUUUCGUCACUAGAAGUCUUCCAGAUACAACUGAGAAAAGGAUACAGUAUCAACGACCUUAAAGUUGAUCUCGCUGCAUUGAACAUGAAGGCGGGUCUCAAGAACAUUGGCUGCGUGUUUUUAAUGACGGACGGACAGGUCGCUGAAGAGAGGUUCCUGGUGCUCAUCAACGAUCUGCUGGCUUCUGGAGAAAUACCAGAUCUGUUUGCUGAUGAUGAAAUAGAAAAUAUUAUUAAUGGCGUCAGAGGAGAGACCAAAGCUACCGGAGUGCCAGACACUCGGGAGAACUGCUGGAGAUUCUUUAUCAACAGGGUCCGGACAAUGUUGAAGGUUGUAUUGUGUUUCUCUCCGGUGGGCGCGACGCUCCGUGUGCGAGCUCGUAAGUUCCCCUCCAUAGUGAACUGCUCGGCCAUUAACUGGUUCCACGAGUGGCCGCAAGAGGCGCUGCGGUCGGUGUCCAAGAGAUUCAUCGCUGAAGUUGAAUCUUUACCCCCUCACCUCGUGGAUCCUAUUUCCAACUUCAUGUCACACGUGCAUCAAAGCGUGAAUCAAAUGUCCGCUGUGUACUUCCAAAACGAGCGGAGAUAUAACUACACGACGCCCAAAACAUUCUUGGAACAGAUAUCGUUGUAUGGGAAGCUAUUGAACGAAAAGACAAAGAACCUGAAGAUGAUGAUAUUCAGACUAGAAAAUGGUUUGGAGAAGCUGGCGUCUUGUGCAGCUGAUGUGGCGGUGUUGAAGGUGACACUCGCCGAACAAGAACAAAUACUUAAAGUUAAAAACAAGGCCGCCGAAGAACUCAUAGAAGUUGUUGGCGCUGAAAGUGAAAAAGUAUCGAAGGAGAAAGCUUUCGCCGCCGAGGAGGAAAAGAAAGUGAAGGUCAUUGAGGAAGACGUGACGAUUAAAGCAAAGAUUUGCGCUGACGAUCUGGCUAAGGCGGAGCCGGCGCUGAUAGCCGCGCAGGAGGCCUUGAAUACAUUGAACAAAAACAAUCUGACUGAAUUAAAGUCAUUCGGCUCACCGCCGGACGCUGUAGUAAAUGUCACAGCUGCUGUAUUGGUUCUGUUCUCUAAGAAAGGAAAAAUACCUAAAGAUAGAUCGUGGAAGGCCUGCAAGCUGAUGAUGGCUAAAGUUGACCAGUUCUUAUACGACCUGGUGUACUACGAUAAAGAAAAUAUACAUCCUGAUGUCAUCAAGGCGGUACUCCCCUAUAUAAAGAACCCGGAGUUCAACGCGGAGUUCAUAAUGUCCAAGUCAGCGGCGGCGGCCGGUCUGUGCUCGUGGGUCAUCAACAUAGUGAAGUUCUACGACGUGUACGUGGUCGUGGAGCCCAAGAGACGCGCACUCAACGCAGCCAACGCUGAACUGCAGGCCGCGAGGGACAAGCUGGCCUUCCUCACGGAACAGAUUCAUGAACUAGAAGAAAAGCUGGAAGAAUUGCUGAAAGCUUUCCAAGAAGCCGUCAACGAAAAAAUGAAGUGCCAGGCGGAAGCGGAUGCCACGAACUAUACGAUCGACUUGGCUAACAGACUCGUGAAUGGCUUGGCUUCAGAGAAAAUAAGAUGGUCGGCUACGGUGGUGAAUCUUAAGGAGUCGGGUAUAAUGCUGCCGGGAGAUGUACUGGUGGUGACGGCCUUCAUCUCGUACGUGGGCUGCUUCACGAGACGGUACAGGCUGCUGCUCAUCAACGAGGACUGGCUACCAACACUCGAGAAGACUGACCCCAAAAUAGAAACAACAGAAGGUCUGGAGCCGUUGAGCAUGUUGACUGACGACGCUCAAGUGGCCACCUGGAACAACGAGGGGCUGCCCACAGACACUAUGAGCACGGAGAACGCGACCAUACUCACCAACUCGGCGAGGUGGCCGCUUAUGAUCGACCCGCAACUCCAAGGCAUCAAAUGGAUAAAGUCGCGUUACGGCGACGGUCUCGUAGUGAUUCGUCUAACGCAGCGCAACUACUUGGACCGCAUCGAGAGGGCCGUCAGUAACGGAGACGUGGUCCUGUUGGAGAACAUCGGGGAGACGGUGGACGCUGUACUGGAACCGCUCCUAGGACGAGUACUCAUCAGAAAAGGAAGAGUGCUCAAGAUUGGCGACAGAGAGAUAGACUAUCAUCAGAAUUUCCGUCUGAUACUUCAAACUAAAUUGGCGAACCCUCACUACCAGCCGGAGAUGCAGGCUCAAUGUACACUUAUCAAUUUCACUGUCACGAGAGAUGGUCUAGAAGAACAGCUACUUGGAGAAGUGGUUAAAUCAGAGAGACCAGAUUUGGAAGCGUUGAGAGCAGGUCUUACUAAACAACAGAACGAUUUCAAAAUCACACUGAAGAGUCUAGAAGACGAUCUCUUGAAGCGACUGUCAUCAGCUGGACCUGAUAUACUGAGUGACUCAGCCUUGGUCAUUAAUCUGGAGACGACGAAGAAAACGGCCGCUGAUAUUGAGGUGAAAGUGGAGGAAGGAAAGGUCACAGCUGUUAAAAUUGAUGAAGCCCGUGAGAGAUACAGACGAGCAGCUACGCGCGCAUCGAUUUUAUAUUUCAUAUUAAACGACCUGUACAAAAUAAACCCGAUGUACCAGUUCUCUCUGAAGGCAUACAGCGUCGUGUUCAAGGACGCGCUGUCUAAGACGACGCCCUCCGAAGAUUUGGAGACGAGAGUCCACAACUUACUGGACAGCAUUACAUUCGCAGUGUUUAUUUACACGAGCAGAGGACUGUUCGAGAAGGACAAACUGGUUUUCUUAUUCCUCAUCACUCUACAGGUUUUACAAGCUGAAGGCAAAAUAGAUCCCAGAGAAUUAGAUUUCCUGCUGAAGUAUGCGGUGGCGCCAGCGAACUCUCCCUACACCUGGCUGUCUAAUAAUUGUUUCGGUGGAAUCGUGGCUCUGUCCAAGAUGGAUGCGUUUGAAAAUCUCGAUAAAGAUAUUGAAGGAGCUAGCAAGAGGUGGCAAAAAUACACUGACGGUGAAGCUCCAGAGAGGGACAAGUUACCUGGCGAAUGGAAGAAUAAGACGCCACUACAGAGACUUUGUAUAUUAAGAGCUUUAAGACCGGAUCGUAUGUCUUAUGCCUCGGGGGCCUUUUGUGAAGAAAACUUGGGAACCAAAUACGUGGAAGCCCGAACACCGCCAUUCUCAAAGUCUUACGAAGAAAGUACUUCGACUACACCAGUGUUUUUCAUUUUGUCUCCAGGAGUAGAUCCUGUUAAGGAUGUAGAAAAAUUGGGUCGCAAGCUAGGAUUUUCAACGGACAAGAAGAACUUCCACAUCGUGUCACUUGGCCAAGGACAGGAAGUAGUGGCUGAAGAGGCGAUGGGAAUAGCUUCAGAGAGGGGGCACUGGGUCAUACUGCAGAACGUGCAUCUCGUUGCCAAGUGGCUGCCCACGCUCGAGAAGAAGAUGGAGGAAACGUUUGAAAGCCCGUUGGAAGACUACCGUUUGUACCUGAGCGCUGAGCCGGCCGCGGACCCCGCCUACCACAUCAUACCGCAGGGCAUCCUGGAGUCAGCCAUCAAGAUCACUAACGAACCACCGAUUGGAAUGUGGGCCAACUUACAUAAGGCUUUAGACAACUUCAGUCAGGAAACGCUGGAGAUGUGCAGCAAGGAGGCAGAAUUUAAAUCUGUUUUAUUCGCGCUCUGCUACUUCCACGCUGUUGUGGCUGAGAGACGGAAGUUCGGUCCUCAAGGAUGGAACAGAGUAUAUCCGUUCAACUUCGGUGAUCUCACUAUAUGUGUGUACGUGCUAUAUAACUACCUGGAGGCGAACCCUCGCGUGCCCUGGGAGGAUCUGAGGUAUCUUUUUGGGGAGAUUAUGUAUGGAGGGCAUAUUACGGACGAUUGGGACCGGCGACUCUGCAGAACCUUCCUUUUGGAAUACAUGCAGCCUGAAUUGGUCGAUGGAGAGCUAACUCUAGCGCCAGGCUUCAUAUCGCCUCCCAAUUCUGACUACGCCGGCUACCACCAGUAUAUAGACGACUUCCUCCCUGAUGAAACACCGUAUCUAUAUGGAUUACAUCCUAAUGCUGAAAUCGGAUACUUGACAACAGUGUCUCAAAGAUUGUUUAAGAUAAAAAUGAGGAAGAAAAAACGGGAAUUAAUAAAAAAUCUACGUAUAGCCAAAGCUCUAGGCGACAACCACCUUAGUCAUCAGCUAGCUAGGGCGUUAAGGUCAAUCCUUAAAUUAAUUCAAGGAAUAUCGGCACAAACUGCAGAAUAUCGCGGUAAUUUUGACCGGGCCAAACAGGAAGUAGAUUUUGAUAAAAACCCUUUUGAGUAUUCGAAAACCAUUUUUAAGAAAGAACGCGGACAGCUUCUCUUGACCAACGAUCAAAUUUACGACCAUUUCAAGAGCACAUACGAAGUGCCUAAAAGUGUAAGGCUCUAUACGGAUCCAAACGAACAAAAACCGGAAAUUCCUCAUAUCGAUUUUCACGGCAUACCACCAACGUUAGACGAAAUAAGUAGUCACAUAAAGAGGAAAUCAUCUAAAUCUGCACCGGGCCCCGAUGGUAUCCCAUAUAUAGUCUUUAAAAAAUGUCCAUCGGUUCGUAAACACCUCAUAAAUAUAUACGGCAAAAUCUGGUCAAGGAAGCAAAUCCCGGAGUGUUUCGGGAAAGCAAUUUUUGUCCUCAUUCCCAAAAAAGAUCGAGUUACCGAUCCGAAGGAUACUAGACCGAUAGCCUUAACAAAUACAAUUUCUAAAAUCUUUUUCUCGGUCCUACAAACGAGAAUGACGCGAUUCAUGCUCAGCAACAAGUAUUUUAGGCCAAAUCACCAGAAAGGGUUUCUACCCGGGAUUUCUGGAUGCCUAGAACACAACACCUUGCUGUCGGAGAGUUUGAAAGAUGCUAGAAAAAGCGAGCGGCAAAUUACAGUUUGUUGGAUAGACUUAGAGAACGCGUUCGGGUCGAUACAACACGAGUUGAUGCUAUUCGCGCUUAGAUGGUACAACUUUCCACCCCUAGUUAGAGAUAUGAUCGCGUCGUAUUACUCAAAAUUAAGGUUUUCUAUAAUAACUAAAGAAGGCCCUUCAAAAAGUUUGAGUUAUAAUGUAGGACUGUUUCAAGGUUGUUGUCUAUCUCCAAUUACGUUUAAUAUCGUUAUUAACAUCUUAGUAGACAAAUUAAUCUGUAACGAGAAAAAAUGGGGUUAUCGGUUUAAGUUUAAUAAUAAAUACACGGAAUCCAUUUUAGCCUUCGCUGACGAUCUCGCAAUACUGACACGUCACCCCAAACACUGUCAAGUACUAUUGGAUGAAGUGGAUAAAUUCUGUGAGUGGACGGAUGGAUUGAGGACAAAACCAAGUAAAUGUCACUGUUUGUGUCUUGGUAGGCGGAAUACAAGAUACACCUCAUACGAUCCGGGACUAUCGAUAGGCGGUCAAUGCGUUUCUACGGUUACGGAAGAUGCACCAUUCAAGUUUCUCGGUCGUAAGAUUGAUAAUAUAGGUCGUACUCCAUCUUUAGAAGGAAUAGUAGAUAGCUUUUUAAAUGAUCUUAACAAGGUAGAUAGCCAGCAGAUCAGUAACGUAAAAAAAGCAUGGAUCUACGAUAAUUACUUAACUUCACGUUUGAAUUGGCCUUUCCUCGUCUAUGAUUUUAGUAAAACCCUUUUAUCUAAAUUAGAUGCAGGCGUCAUAAAGAUGUUGAAGUUGUGGCUCGGGCUCGCGCUAACGGCUGAUUCAUCGGCUUUAUUCAGGGAUCGUAAUAGUUUUGGGAUGAAUCUAAAAAGACCAUCGGAGCUCUACAAACACCUAAGAGUUUCCAAGAGACAUAUCCUGGGAAAAUCCCAUGAUGACGUCGUUACAUCACUCCCAAAAGACAAUGAUGCCCCAGAGCUAGAGUCACGACUUCAAUUCCAUAAACAAUUUAUGAUCGGAGCGCAAAAUAACAGAGUAGGGUUAGGAUCAAGUAGGAAAGUCCAAGAUACGGAUAUAUUGAAGUCUUUUAUUCGGCAAGACGAGAACGAUAAAUACAAGAUCCAUGCAAUGAGUUUAGAAAUGCAGAACGAGUGGUUAGACAUAGGAGAUUUUUGCAUUCCACUAGCACUAAAAUGGCGCACCCUAAUUCAUGACUGGUCGCCAGCCUUGCUAAAAUUUUAUCUCAAUGCGUUCCAGAUGACUCUCCCAGAUCAGAGUAAUUUAGUAAGAUGGGGUAAAGGUACCGAAAAAACUUGCUAUAUCUGCGGAAAGGCAGUUGGAACUGCCAAGCAUUUGCUGGUGGGAUGUAAGGUUCUCCUGGACAGCGGUCAAUACUCGCGUCGUCACGAUAGGGUUUUAGAGAUCAUACGUGAAGCGGUUAGUCUUUCGGUAGCCAGAGCGCAAAGGGAAAUAACCACAAACGAGCGAUCAAUAGGUUUUGUGAGAGAGGGCACCAGGGCUAUAAAAUCAAACGUCAAGCCUUACUCUAUCCUUAAAGCGGCUUCGGAUUGGACUAUCAUGAUGGAUACGUAUGAGAAACAAUACAAAAUCCCCGAGGAUAUUUGUGCGUCGGCCUCCAGACCAGACAUAUUUCUAUAUUCGCGUAUUUUAAAGCGCGUUGUGAUGAUAGAGCUUACGGUGCCUUGGGAAACCAACAUCCCCAAAGACCAUGCCAUCAAGGUCAAUAAGUAUUACGAGCUCACUAACGAACUAACUCGAAAUAGGUUCGUCGUUGAUUUGUACGCGGUAGAGGUGGGAGCGAGAGGUAUAACAGCUAAAUCUCUCUAUAACCUACUAAAAGACUUGGGCCUGUCCAGAACUAACAUUAAUUCAUUCUUAGAACGUACGUCGAAGGCAGCCCUAGUAGGUUCUUUUCAAAUUUGGUUAGGUAGGGAGAGGAACUUGGACAGUGGAGGUGAGCGUAUAACGCGCGUGGUAUUUGAAAUGCAACCUCGAGACACCGGAGCGCAGGCUGGGGGCGGUGCUAGUAAAGAAGAAAUAGUCAGAUAUAUCCUUGACGAUAUAAUGGACAGAGUGCCGGAGCCGUUCAAUUUAGUGGAACUGAUGGGGAAGGUGGAGGAACUGACUCCAUACACUAUAGUAGCGUUACAAGAGUGUGAGAGGAUGAACAGACUCAUGGGGGAGAUACGACGGUCACUUAAAGAAUUGGAGUUGGGACUUAAGGGAGAGUUGACCAUAAGCAGUGACAUGGAGAAGUUGAUGGAGGCUCUGUUCAUGGACCACGUGCCAGUCUCUUGGUCCAACCUCGCCUACCCCAGCCUGCUGGGUCUGGCCGCGUGGUUCUCAGACCUCUGUCUCAGACUCACCGAGCUGGAGAACUGGUCCGGAGACUUUAAUUUGCCGCCCGCUGUGUGGCUCGCUGGUUUCUUCAACCCGCAGUCGUUCCUGACGGCCAUCAUGCAGCAGACGGCUCGUAAGAACGAGUGGCCUCUGGACAAGAUGUGCCUCAACUGUGACGUCACCAAGAAGAACAGGGGAGAUUUCAACGCUCCGCCCCGCGAGGGCGCCAACAUCCACGGGCUGUACAUGGAGGGCGCGCGCUGGGACACGGCCACGGGCGGCAUCGUGGAGUCCAACAUGAUGGACCUGUUCCCCAUGAUGCCCGUCAUCUACAUCAAGGCCGUGACGCAGGACAAGCAGGACACCAAGAACGUGUACGAGUGCCCCGUCUACAAGAUACGCAUGCGCGGCCCUACAUUCGUGUGGACAUUUAAUCUGAAGACGAAGUACAAACCAACGAGGUGGACCCUCGCCGGCGUCGCUCUACUACUGGGAUGA